AUGCUUCUGAGAUCUCAGCAAAUCAAGAAACCUCUCUCUCAGAUCAACAAUGGGAUCUCUGCCACCGUCACACCUCGACAUCACCAAAGACAACCUCGAAACCCUCUUCAAAUCCCAACAAGACCUCCUCAACCACUUCUUCAAACACCUCUCCCUCUCCCAAACCCUCCCCUUCUCCCGCCUCCUCCUCUCCAUCUCCGGCACCGUCUUCUUCACCGGCGUCGGCAAAUCCGCCUUCGUCGCUCAAAAAAUCUCUCAAACCCUAAUCUUCCUCAGCUUCCCCUCCUCCUUCUCUCCCCUCUCGACGCCCUCCACGGCGACAUCGCCUCCCUCUCCUCCUCCGACGUCCUCGUCCUCUUCAGCAAAUCCGGCGCCACCGAGGAGCUUCUCCGCCUCGUCCCCUGCGCUAAAGCCAGAGGAGUCUUCCUCGUCUCUCUCACCUCCGUUCCCGGGAACCCCCUCGCCGGAGUUUGCGAUAUGAACGUGCAUUUGCCGUUGCAGAGAGAGUUGUGUCCGUUUGAUCUCGCUCCGGUGACUUCCACGGCGAUUCAGAUGGUGUUUGGGGAUACGAUCGCCGUGGCGUUGAUGGCGGCCAGGAAUCUGACCAAGGAGGAGUAUGGAGCUAAUCAUCCUGCUGGGAGGAUUGGGAAGAGUUUGAUUUUUAAGGUUUGA